CGAGGGUUCCGCCUCUUCCGGAGCGCGUCAAAGCCGUCCCCUCCUCCUCCGCUCUCUGUGUACACCGUUUGAAGCACCCCGAUCUCCUCGUUCUCGCCGGGAAAAAUGAGAGAAAUCCUCCACGUCCAGGGCGGUCAGUGCGGCAACCAGAUCGGAUCAAAGUUCUGGGAAGUUGUGUGUGAUGAGCAUGGGAUAGAUCCCACUGGGAGGUACACUGGGUCGUCAGAUCUCCAAUUGGAACGCAUAAAUGUGUACUACAAUGAGGCCUCUUGCGGGAGGUUUGUUCCCAGGGCGGUGCUGAUGGAUCUGGAGCCUGGCACCAUGGACAGCAUUCGAACUGGGCCAUAUGGCCAGAUCUUCCGCCCUGAUAACUUUGUCUUUGGUCAGUCUGGAGCUGGAAACAACUGGGCGAAGGGUCACUACACUGAGGGAGCCGAGCUCAUUGACUCUGUUCUUGAUGUGGUGAGGAAGGAGGCCGAGAACUGUGACUGCCUUCAGGGAUUCCAAGUGUGCCACUCUCUUGGUGGAGGAACUGGCUCCGGAAUGGGAACACUUUUAAUAUCAAAGAUCAGGGAGGAGUACCCGGAUCGGAUGAUGCUCACCUUCUCUGUUUUCCCUUCCCCCAAGGUUUCUGACACAGUUGUGGAACCCUACAAUGCAACACUUUCUGUCCACCAGUUAGUUGAGAAUGCGGAUGAAUGCAUGGUGCUGGACAAUGAGGCACUUUAUGAUAUCUGCUUCCGUACUCUCAAGCUAACCACUCCCAGCUUCGGAGACCUAAACCACUUGAUAUCGGCAACCAUGAGUGGCGUCACAUGUUGCCUUCGGUUCCCUGGGCAAUUGAACUCUGACCUCCGAAAGCUGGCUGUGAAUCUGAUCCCCUUCCCUCGCCUCCACUUCUUUAUGGUCGGUUUUGCACCCUUGACUUCUCGCGGAUCACAGCAGUACCGUGCCCUGACCGUCCCCGAGCUCACUCAACAAAUGUGGGAUUCUAAGAACAUGAUGUGUGCUGCAGAUCCGCGCCACGGUCGGUAUCUCACAGCCUCCGCUAUGUUCAGAGGCAAGAUGAGCACCAAAGAAGUCGACGAGCAGAUGAUCAACGUCCAGAACAAGAACUCAUCCUACUUUGUGGAGUGGAUUCCCAACAAUGUGAAGUCUAGUGUCUGUGACAUACCACCUAGGGGCCUCUCUAUGGCGUCCACCUUCAUCGGCAAUUCGACCUCAAUCCAGGAGAUGUUCAGGAGGGUGAGCGAGCAGUUCACUGCCAUGUUUAGGAGGAAGGCUUUCUUGCACUGGUACACUGGGGAGGGUAUGGACGAGAUGGAGUUCACCGAGGCCGAGAGCAACAUGAAUGACCUAGUCUCGGAGUACCAGCAGUAUCAGGACGCCACUGCUGAUGAGGAAGACGAAUACGAGGAGGAGGAGGAAGAAGAAGCAGCCCAGGAGAUCUGAGUUGCUGGAUAAAGAAGUUGCUCUCGUAAGCCAUUCUGUGGUAAUCUGCGCGAGUAGUUGUAGGUUAUUUCCUAUACUGUUUGCAUUUCUAUGUUACUCUGCAUUUGUAGUAGGUAAUCUAUCUUAAGCUGCUGCUGUGAUAUGGCCUAUUGUUUUAUAUAUGCAUAAUGUAUGAAAAAGAGUCAGACCGUCGUCCUUUCAGUAUGGUUAAUUA